AUGAACGGCUUCAGCGGUACCAGCGAUGCCGGCGGCAUGUAUGUCAAGGCCCUCUACGACUACCAGGCCGACGACCGCACCAGUCUGAGCUUCCGGACCGGCGACAUAAUACAGGUUAUCACCCAGCUGGAGAGCGGGUGGUGGGACGGAGUCAUUCACGGUGUCCGCGGCUGGUUCCCGAGCAACUACUGCGCCGUCGUCCAGCGGCCGAGUGAAGAUGUCGAAGACGAUCGAGAGGGAGCCGAUGCAGACGACGACCAUGAUGCGCGGUCCGUUAGUGGCGCAGAGGGCGACUACUCGGACGCCGACUCACUGAGCGCCGGCAACGACACCAUACUACCCAUCGAGCGCAAUGGGCCGCACGACAAGGAGGAAGAGGCGGCCUUUUGGAUACCCCAAGCUACACCAGACGGAAGGUUGUUCUACUUCAACACCCUGACUGGUGUCAGCACAAUGAACCUCCCCUUGGAAUCGCCUUCUGCCAACGAGAGCGGCCCGCGCAACCGCACCGAUGUCUUUAUUCCUGAAAUGUCGCGACCGCCCGCUGAGCUACUAGCAUCAGGCUCCGGGUACAACAUGGAGGACACGGACGAUGAAACGUCAGCAUCCGACUUUGAAGGUCCGGGCAACAAGGGCUCGUACAGCUCCCGGCACAGGCAGCGCCUGUCCGGUGGCCUCUCGUCGGCUACCUCGAUGGAGUCAAUGAACGCCGGCUACCCCAACCGGUCGUACGAUCAAAGUGGUAUGAGCUUUGCAGCUUCCACUGCCAUCCCUCCCACAGGUACCACAGCUACCUCGUUUGCGAAUAGCCCUGGCCUAAGUGGUACCGACGGCACGUCCCGAAAAUUCUACGACGAUGUGAGCCCUGUGCCCCUUACCUGGAACAGGAUGGUCGAGGACAUGCGACGCGCAAUCGAGCGGUAUAAGCAGGCCAUAAACAACAGCGACAGAUCAGAGUUCGUGAAGCGUGCAGAGGACAUAUCGGACCACCUCCGUUUAUUGCUGGCUGCCGGGUCUGGGACAACCGACAACCACUCCGGCAACCCAUCCAUCAUAUCCACUAACAAAGCCCUAUAUCCCCACUUUCGAGAAACCAUGUCCCGCUUCUCCAAACUGGUUUUGUCUUCACACAUUGCUGCAUCCGAUUUCCCACCUCCGGAUUCCUACUCCAAGUGCUUGAAAGAGGCCGAGGGCGUCCUGAAUGGUGUAUUUGGAUUCGUCGAAGUAGCGCGUCAGCAGCGGGGCGAAGAGAUUCCCCGCCUUGUACCUGGAUUUGUAGUAGGCAACCUCACAGGAGGCAGCUGGCAAAAUAACGGAACUGACUCGCACGAUGCAAAUACGUCCUUGUUUUCCGACCUCGAUGACUACGAACCUCCAGUUGAACCGACGCUCAAACUGGACUCUCGCAUACUGGAAAGAUUACAGGACCUGAGGAGGUUAAUCACGUCAAACCUCCGACGACUGGAUGAGCAAUUAGUACUGCGGGAUACAGUCAUAUCGCACAGGAAACAUCAAGCUAUAGGCGAACACGUAUGCAAUACUGCUGGAAAAGUGCUCGAAUCUUGCCGGCCGUGGCUAUCAACCAUUGAACAAAUCAACCUGGCCUCGCUAGAUGCAGAAGUCAACGGGCAACAACUAAAUGAGUUUAGCGUUCAGAAGCAAAAGGCCUACGACGUCGUUUCUGAACUUGUCAUUGCGUGCCAGGGAGUAGCCGCACCACUGGGCGAUGAAUGGGCUGAGCUACGUGGCGACUCUCUUGAGGACCGUAUCAACGCUGUGCGAGCCGUCACCCGGGAUUUGGAAGCGACAUGUACUCAUCAAUACGGAUUGUUGCAGUCUCUGUCAGACACCGUACCUUUAUCAGACAUCGUCAGCCGUGGGGAGUCGCGAAGGAACACUGAUGGCGAACUAGCGAGUCAUGCUCGUGGACCCUCCGGACCUGAGAGACCUUUACUUGGAAACAUCCCCAAGGCAGAGACAUAUAGCGCAGGCACUCCACUUACUGGUGACGACGGCAAGGUCGAGCCUGUACGGUCGGCGAACAGCAACAAGAAGAUCAAGGACUUCUUCGGCGAGGUACCAGUCAUACCACAGCAGGCAAUCGAGGAGACUCCUGAAUUUUUGAAACUUGACCAUGAGGGCGAAAUCUCGUAUGACCACAAGUCCACACCGCCUCAGUUGAAGGGAGGCACUCUGGCUGGCCUUGUAGAGCAGCUGACUCGUCACGACCGUCUCGAUCCAGCAUUCAACAAUACGUUCCUGCUCACCUACCGAUCGUUUACGACUGCUUCAGAGCUUUUCGAGAUGCUGGUAAAGAGAUGGAGUAUACAGCCGCCGCAUGGCUUAGACAAGGACGAUUAUCAGCAUUGGGUGGACAAAAAGCAGAAACCCAUCAGGUUCCGUGUAGUGAACAUCCUCAAGAGUUGGUUUGAUAACUACUGGAUGGAGGGCAAUGAUGAAGAGGCGCGAAUUCUGAUUCAACGAGUGUACAACUUUGCCAAGGAUCACGUCGCAACCACCAGCACUCCUGGAGCUGCACCGCUGAUGACUUCUGUCGAGCAAAGAUCUCGUGGACCGGACAUGCCAACAAAGCGCUUAGUCCUUACCCUGAGUGCCCAGACGCCACAGCCCAUUCUCCCCAAGCACAUGAAGAAGUUGAAGUUCCUUGACAUUGACGCCACAGAGUUUGCUCGCCAACUCACCAUCAUUGAAUCCCGGUUAUAUGGCAAGAUUCGUCCCACCGAGUGCCUGAACAAGACGUGGCAGAAGAAGCUAUCCCCUGGCGAGCCUGACCCAGCUGCGAACGUGAAGGCGCUUAUUCUCCAUUCUAACCAGUUGACGAACUGGGUUGCACAAAUGAUUCUCACUCAACAAGAUGUCAAGCGGAGAGUCAUCGUAAUCAAGCACUUCGUGAAUGUCGCUGAUAAAUGUCGGCAAUUGAACAACUUUUCCACACUAACAUCCAUCAUUUCAGCUUUAGGUACCGCGCCCAUUCAUCGUUUGAAUCGAACAUGGAGUGCCGUCAACCAGCGAUCAAUGGCUACUCUAGAGAGCAUGCGCAAGCUCAUGGGUGUCUACCUUACGGAUUUGACAUUCAUUGAAGACGGUAUCCCUUCGCUCAUCAAACGUACAAACCUCAUCAAUUUUGCAAAGCGCGCAAAAACGGCAGAGGUAAUUCGUGACAUCCAACAAUACCAGAACGUGCCAUACCCAUUGCAACCGGUGCCCGAGCUGCAAGACUAUAUCCUCACCAACAUGCAAUCUGCGGGCGAUGUACACGAAAUGUACGAAAUGAGUCUGAGCGUGGAGCCGCGAGAGCGCGAGGAUGAGAAGAUUGCAAGGCUUCUCUCCGAGAGUGGUUUCUUGUGAUGAGACUGUUAAUGACGAUGAUACCCCCACCCUACUCUUCCGCUCCAAUCGAAAUUAGCGUUUUGGAACAACCUGGAUCAACGCGGCGUUGGUUCUUUUUUCCUUUCCUUUUCUGGGCGAAAUUUAAGUGGCAUUUGAUUGGUGUGCUUUGGUAUUUAUUUUCAUCGGGACCUUUUUACAGUGCGCGGGUUAUAACGAAUUGGAACGAUAUAUUCGGGUCAUAUUUUUUCCAGAAUGGCGUAUAGUAAGCGCGUUUUUAACGCAUUCCUCAGCGGGGGUAUGGGACUUGGACACGGCGAACCUGCCUCGGGUGGCGAAUAUCACAGCCACGCCGAAUGCAGGAGGAAAGGGGGGCGAGGGCGAAGAAGAAGAAGGAGAAGGAGAAGAGACGGACGGUGAGAUUGUCGGGCUUGUUCUUUUAUUUUUUUACCGGCCAGUUGAAAGACAUUCUUCACUUGUUUUUUAUUCUUGCGAGUGCCCCUGGCACUUAGGGGCGUGGGUUUUGUUUGUUAGGUUCUAAGUAGCGAAAUUUCACACACGCGCGCGUCGUUUAUCUUUGAA